AUGUCAGAACAUCUUCGUCUCACAUCUCCUGCAUCCUCUUCCCCAAGCAGACCGCCUGCAGUAUCCAGACCAGACUGGCCGUGGGUUACUCGCAGCUACUCACACAGAAGCCCUCACAAUUCUGCGCAUCCAAUACUCGGACCAAAUUUACAAAGCGCUUGGGAUCCACGUACACCCUAUUCUUCCACCAGCUCUCAAAGUGGUUACACAGGCAACCCACAAGGUAGAAGUAGCGCUACCCCUAAGCCCUCUGCUAUGGGAUUAGGGGAAUCAACAAGGCAAUGGACAUUCACGGGAUUUGAAUGGGCUAUUCGAGACAUUCACAAACUACGUGACUUUGUCGAAGGAAUAACAUCAGCUCCUCUUGAAGGAGGACCCCACCUUCUUUCAGCAGACCUUGGGGACUUUGAGAUCUUAAAGCAAUCGCCAGUUCUUGGCGACCAUAAAUUCAAGCUUGAAAUAGUACCUACUGAAGCUUCACCUGAAGGCUCUGCGUCUUCCAUUCCAACUUUGUGCAUGUACAUCACUUCCCUAAUGCUUGAUUUGACACAAGGCGACUAUGAAACCUAUGCUUCCAUGAUGGCCGCUAUCAAAUGUCAAGAGGAUCGGGUCGGAGAACGAGGUGCGCGCCCCGAAUGGGUUUGGGAGUUUUGGCAAAACGAUUGGGUUUUUCGUAGAGAAAGCGAAGUGUGGGAAUGUCCAUUGCCGUCGUUAAGUUCAUUACUUCAGAAUCCUCGGAUCCGGGAAACAGAUUCCUUUGUCAUUGUCGUCCAAAUACACUCUCCUUCUGGCCCCUCAAUUCCUCAGCAACCAUCCAUUUAUUACAUACCCCGCGACCUGUUAGACGGUCUGGAGGCGUCUUUAGAUAACCCAAAUACAGGAGAUGUUCGGUUCAUAUGUUUAGAGAAGUACACGGGAAGUGGGGAUUCACCUAGUCUCAAUUCUCCUCAAUCUGGAACAUCAACAACAUCGAGCUCUAGUUCCCCUUUCGGAUUCCAUUCAGCUGCAAGAAAACGCAUUAUCUAUGCUCAUUCAGACAUUUUGAUACGUCGUGCAGAAUACUUCGCUACAAUGCUGUCGUCAUCAUUCUCCGAAAACUCAAUAGGAACAACUGGCGAAAGGAAAGUUUACACAAUUGUCGUUGAAGAAGCGGAGUUCGAGACAAUGUACUGGCUUCUUAAGUACUGCUAUGCAAAUUGGCUUCUCUUCAAAGAAAAUGAUGACCCCAGAAUUGCAGUGGAAGGAGUUGGGGCAGGCUGGAGUGCGAGGUGGUUAAGUGGCACUCAGGAUGAAUGGGAUUGGAAAAGGUUCCAUCGUAGAGCACGACCCAGCAUUGAUAGUGCAAGCGACAAUAAAAGCUCAACUAGUGGUGACAGUUUACCAGUCAGCUCUUCCAUCAGCAGAUCGACAAGUCGAAAGUCGGACACAUACCAUCCCAACUCUGUUUCUAUCACCAACGUGAUAUCUUCUCAGGUUUCCGCGAAUUCCAGCAGAACAAAUCCUACUAAAUCAAAUCCGGUCUCCAGCAAUACUUCACGCCCUCUCAAUACUUCUACACCUAGGAAACCUGUGGCCACUUCUGGGACAAAUCAUCUCAGUAUAAAUGCUAGUGGACGCUCAUCUACUCUUUCGGGGUCAAAGCCAUUGACGAUUUCUCCUUCAAGUAAUUUUUCAUCAACAAAUCAGUAUUCAACAUCUCCUCGAUCUAGCAGGAAGCCUGGUGUCAUAUCAACCAGUCCUGACCCACAUCCGCAUCCAACUCCUGCACCUAGACCUGCAUCAGCAUUGUCUAUCUAUCAAAUUGCGCAUCGGUAUUCAAUGCCCAAUCUGGCGACUCUUGCACUGGAGCACAUUAUGUCCACUAUAUCUCCUGAAUCUAGCUUCGCACUCCUUCUUGCAACAUCCCUUUGGGAUGAGUUACAUAGCAUAAUAGAGGAUUUCGUUGUAGAAAGGUGGGACGAGGUAUCAGCUUCGCUGGAAUUUGAACAAUGCUGCAAAGAGGUUGCAGCUGGAGAAUGGGGUCCAGAUGGCGGGAAAACCCUGAUGUCUGUAUUCAGACGACUUCGCUCUCCUUCUCUGCCUUAA